AUAUAGCAUGUUAUGUAAGAGCCGUGUCGCGGCGGCUUGUGAGGCGAAGAAGCGCACUGAAGCCUCUGUGGUAUGCUCCUCGACCGGUCCGCAGAUAGUUCCUCUUGAUGAAGCUACCGAUGUUGUCUCUGACGCAAGAUGCAAACUGUCUUC